AUGGCCAUCGCCGAGUCCAGGGUAGACAAUGCCAGCUUCGACGAUUGUCCACCAUUCCCCAACAAUGUUCCUACCUGUCCCCUUUUACGCAUCUCGUUGAAGAAGCUUCUUGAGGGAGAUUCAGCCGAGCAGGACCGACUAUGGUCCGCCAGCUGUGAUGUCGGCUUCUUCUACUUGGAUCUUCGCACUGGUCCAGCCGAGCUUGUCGACAAAAACGAAGGGAAGUAUGUCGUUGAUGGAGAGGCUUUGAUUGAGGAAGCGGACAGGAUCACCAAAGAAGUCGUCAUGGCUAAGGAUGGGUUUUUUAACCUUCCCUUGGAGGAGAAAGUCAAAUACGACGCCAACUUUGAGAAAAGCUUAUUCGGAUACAAACGGACCGGUGUGCUUAAGAUGGACAGGGACCAGAAAGUCGACCAGAAUGAAUUCUUUAACAUUUCCAAGGACGAUCUUCUAGGAUUCCAAUCGCCCUCUCCAACCCCGGAGAGCAUUGCCCCCCACCGGCCCCUUCUCGCAUCUUUCGCCCGUCACGCCCAGGCCGUCAGCACGUUCCUCCUCACCCGGCUCAACGACCGUCUGGGCCUGCAACCCGGCGUCCUCACCUCGAUGCACCGCCUCUCGCACGAAUCCGGCGACCACGUACGCUUCACCUGCGCGCAGCCGCCGUCCGAGACGCAGGAGACAACGACGCUCGGCGCGCACACGGACCUCGGCAGCGUCACCGUCCUCUUCAACCGGCUGGGCGGCCUCCAAGUCCUGCUACCCGAGCGCACGUCGCCCGAGCAUCCCAGCGACCCUGUCGAUGCCAGGGGCUGCGAGACGGUGCUGGAGGACGGCCGGGAGCGGACGUGGGCGUGGGUGCGGCCGCUGGCGGGCCACGCCGUCAUCAACCUGGGCGACGCGCUCGUCAAGUUCACGAGCGGCGUGCUCCGCAGCAACAUCCACCGCGUCGCCGCGCCGCCCGCCGCGCAGCGCGCCCACGUCCGCCACAGCCUCGUGUACUUUGUGCGGCCCGAGGAGACGCACGUGAUGAGGGUGCUUGAGGGCAGCGCCUUGAUCGAUGCGAAGAGGAAGGAGGUCGAUGGCUUCUGGGACCGCGACCCCGCCUUGCCCGGCCAUCGCUGGAUUUUUGAGAGGAACAGACAUGCGGCUAAGUUUCCUGGCCAGCCGGAGCAUGGGAAGGUGGGCGCGGCUAUGGAAAUCUCUUAA